AUGAACCUUGGUCCGAACCAGGCAGAUGUCCUUCCGUAUGCAGAAUCACCGCCAUCACGAACACCUCUACCAACUUCUCCACCCAGACGGACCAAGAAAGGCAAGAGAGGCAAGAAACGCCGAGCAUCAGAAGCAGAAGUCGAUGAUCUUGAGACUGCAGCGCGCUUAGGCUCUGACUCCCACCGCAAUAUACGCGGAAAAGUCGAAGCAAUGGAACACAUGCGUAUUGCUCAUCCAGCGAUCCCUGGGGGUACCUCGAACACAACAGCGAGAACUGGAUUACCCUCACGGCAUCCUGCGCCCGAUAUUGAAUCAGAUCACAGUAUACUUGGAGCCGCUGAUCAAUAUGAAAAUCCAUUCGAGUCCGAAUCCGACUCCAGCUACUUGCGCCUUCCUUAUAAAACAGGGUUUAUUUCAUCUCGGGGUAAUGAAUACUUUUGCGAAAUCGACGAAGAUUAUCUCACUGAUCGAUUUAACCUUACGGGACUUCAAACCGAAGUUCAAUAUUAUCAAUAUGCGUUGGACUUAGUGACGGAUGUCUUUGAUUUGGAUUGUGAUGAUGAGAUGAGAGAAACGAUUGAGAAGUCUGCAAGACAUUUGUAUGGUUUAGUUCAUGCUCGUUAUAUCGUCACUACCAGAGGAUUGGCCAAAAUGUUUGAGAAAUAUAAGAAGGCCGACUUUGGAAAAUGCCCUCGAGUUAUGUGUAAAUCGCAUCCACUUCUUCCCAUGGGCCAAAGCGACAACCCAAAUAUGAAAGCCGUGAAACUUUACUGCGCUCGGUGUGAAGAUAUUUAUAAUCCCAAAUCCUCUCGACACUCUGCAAUCGAUGGCGCGUAUUUCGGCACUUCGUUUCAUAAUAUUUUGUUCCAAGUCUACCCGGCAAUGAUUCCGGCGAAAAGUUAUGAUCGUUAUGUACCACGGAUUUAUGGAUUUAAGUUUCAUGGGCCUGCGGCUUUGAUCAGAUGGCAAAAUGGAGAGAGGGAUGAGAUGAGAAGGCGCUUGAGGAAGUUGGAAAUCGAGAGUGGGUUUAAGGAUGACGAUGGAGACGAAGUAGAUGAUAGUGAAGAGGAAGAAGAGGAAGAGGAAGAAAUUGAGGGGUUGGAGGCCAUGGAAAAAACGAUGGAGAAUGGGCAGGCGGAGGGUGGAGAUGUCGCAGGGAGAGCUUAG